AAAUAUAUACACGUACAUUAGCACUUAGAAUAAAAACAUACUUAAAAUACAUUAGUCGAAAGAAUGUUGAAGAUAGCAAUUAGAUCAAUGUGUUCACAAGUAAAGUCCACAAAAACACCUAUACCAGUUUUUGGCAUAGAAGGUCGGUAUGUAUCUGCGCUGUACAGCGCUGCAAUCAAAUUGAAACAAAUAGAUGAAGUAGAAAAACAUAUUCGGGGCUUACAAAAAGAACUGGUUAAACCUAAAGUAAUCGAAUUCCUAGAAACAAGUAUGAUUUCAGCUACAGAAAAAGCAAAAUUGCUAAAAGGAGUCGGUGAAACAACAGGAAUGCCUUCUGCAGCUGUGAAUUUCUUGGUUGUCAUUGCUGAAAAUGGUCGUUUAAAAUCAUUGAGGCGAAUUAUCAGAAUGUUCUUAGCAGUUAUGGUUGCUCAUAGAAAUGAAGCUUUAUGCGAAGUAAUUACUGCUAAGCCUCUUGAUGAAGGUUCACGCAAAGCACUAAUUGAUGCAUUGAAAAAAUUUGUAAAAGGGAAAAAUAUUCAAUUAACGGAAAAGGUAGAUCCAGAAAUUUUGGGAGGCGUAAUUGUUGGAGUUGAAGAUAAACACAUUGAUUUGAGUAUUGCUAGAAAGAUACAAAUGUAUACCGAUAUUAUAAAGCAAUCAGUUUAAUGAUUU